AAAGCAACUUGUACUCAAGUUUCGCACACCUAUCCGACAUAUCCUAAUUCUUGGGUAGGUGACAAGUUGAUAGCGCGCGUUCCUAAGCACUCGAUCGGAUGCUUAUAUAGGACCUUGAAUUCAUCGUCUCCUUGGUAAGAUCCCUACACAAAGAGUGCCAGUUUAUCCAAGAGCCGGAAUGCCAACCCAGAUCAAGAGACAUUUUAUUCCUCGAUAAGGGUCUUGAUAUAUUGGAGUUGUUUAUGGAAUCGUCUAUGCUUUCUCAGGGGCGAACUCACCUUAGUUGUGGUGAACUACUCGCUGAUUCUCCAGCCGCCAGCGCCGAAACGCCUGGGAGCUGUGCUGCUGCUGCUGCUGCUGCUACCGCCGCUGCCGAUGCCGACGCCGCUGCCGUGGUGGAAGAAGUCGAACUCGGACGAGAUAUUGGUUCAACAGUGGCCGGUAACGGCGCUGCCGUUCCUUCCUCCAUGACUGAUCGAAUGGGCGGUAGUGCUGGCGAUGCCGUGCGUGUCGGGGUCGGUGAGGUGAUUGGUGGCAGAUUACUAUCUGCCUGUAAUAACGCCAGUGUGGAGGAAGCCGUGUUGGGUGAAUGCUGAGGUCCCGAGAAAACUCGGGACUAAAGAAUUAUGGUGGAGAGGUAUCGAGCGCGUGCGCUAAUCGGUGCGAGUAACGAAAUCGCACAUAGAUCGGCAAUGAUCUAGCGGUGUGUGCGAAUAACUAGCUGUAUGAAGAUUUAUAUGAAAUAGUUAUGUCGGCGAUUGUGAAAAGGGAUUCU